AUGUCUUUGUUCGUCAAUAAGAAACGGCUCGUAAAGAUUGGAGCCGCCGUCAUACUGUUGCUCACAGUGCAACUCUUUGUCUUUUCACCCAGAAACACAGAGGAACAAUUAUCGCAAACGGGAGAGCCAGGAGCUUUGUCAAUGGUGCCGAUAGAAGCGACGAGCGACAAGUCACAAUCACCGAUACCUGAGGCCGACUCUGGCGACAUCGUGCGAACCGGUGGUGGCUUUAAAUUCACGCAAGAAAACAAUAACUCGCCCGUGGACAGUUUGUUCAAUUUGCUGGUCGAAACGAAGCCCAAGUCCCCUCCUCUAGCAAAGUAUAUCCACGGCGAGAAAGCGCAACAGAAGUUUUCGAGCGACCCCGACUUCCAUUUUAGCGAGAAGUAUUUGAUGGGGCUCUUGGAAAUCAAGGAAACAACAUUGCUAGAUUUGGAAACGCAACAUCAGCACUUUGUCGAUAAAAUACGCGAUCUACCAAUGAGCAUUUUCGGCGACCCGCAGAAGCAGAUCUCUGGAGAUGGAAUUGUGAUGGUCGGAGGAGGGCGCUUUUCCUGGUUGGCGUUGUUGAACAUCAACCAACUUAGAUCCGCAGGCUGCCAAUUGCCGGUGGAGGUGUUCAUCGCGUCGGAGCAGGAGUAUGAGCGAGACUUCUGCGACAGGCUGCUGCCUGCUCUCAAUGCGAAAUGCGUACUUGGUUUUGAAGAGCUCCCCCUGCAGAGGUACAGGGAAAAGCUACGAAUUGACGGGUAUCAGUACAAAAGUUUGGCAAUUUUUGCUUCCGGCUUCAAAAGAGUUCUUCUGCUGGAUGCAGACAACGUUGUAAUACACAAUCCGGAUAUUUUGUUCGACUGGUCUGUGUUUGAGGAAUACGGUCUGGUUUUAUGGCCCGACUGCUGGUCCAGAACCACACAUCCCUAUUUUUACAGAAUAGCUGACAUAGAGGUCGGUGAUCAUCCUGUGCGCGGCCAGUUUAUGGAUAGAGAGUCUCCAGACGAGUGGAAUUAUCACGACUUGCCUGGGACCUUGCCCAACCCGGCCAGCGAGUCUGGCAUGUUGCUGGUGAACAAGGAGAAGCAAGUCGACACUCUAUUCCUGUCACUAUACUACAACAUGUUUGGGCCCUCGCACUACUACCCACUUCUGACCCAAGGAGGAGCAGGACAGGGGGACAAAGACACUUUCAUCGCCGCAGCAUACGCGCUGCGAAAGCCGGUUUAUCAGGUCAAGCAGAACAUGAAGUUCUUAGGGUAUCACGACACCUAUGGCUUCCAUGCAAAGGCUUUAGGACAAUGGGAUCCAACCACAGUCGCAGAGGAGAAAACACCGCCGUACCUGUCUAAUUUCUACGAUUUCCAGAACGAAAACGAUUCCAGGCUGAUGUUCAUGCACUUGUCGUAUCCAAAAUUGUACCCUGAUAAGCUGAGGGACGAGAUUUCGUGGGAGCAAAACGGAGAGCUGAGACACCGCAAGCUGUAUCCUGGCCGACUACCAAAUUCGGCUUAUGGUUUUGAUUUGCGGAUGUGGGAGCUUAUAACGCAGCUGAUUUGUCCACAAUGGACGCCCAACGAAGCAAUAGAUGCCGCCUCUGUGGAGAUCCAGGACAAGUUGACGGGACUUGACCUGCAGUAUAUUAAAAAUUCCAAAGGCAAUGCCGAGUGCGAGAGCUUAUUCUUGCCUCAUCUCGAGUAUUUACGAAGGCACACAUCGACAGAGGAGGAGUUCUAUGUCUAUGAAUAG